GUAAUAAUUAGCCAAAAAUGGACCUAAAGUUGGAAAAUGCAUCACAAAGUUGAAACACAAAUCGUCUAACCUUUGGGAGUCCCCAAAUAUCUCAAGAUUUGACUCUUAAACAAAGAAUCAGCAAACAAAUUAAUAAGAAUAAAAAGUGCUUCAAAACCUUGAAAGCGAAUUUUGACAAAGUUUCAAGCGAAAUCAGCAAACUCAAGUGAAUCCGUCAACGGCAAAAGGGAGGGGCUUCUUCAUUGCAAGAGAAACUAGAAGCUUUUCACAAUAAUUUUGAAAAUCUGAUCCAAAAGGACCUCUGCCAGUACACUUCUGGGAACCAUGAUUUGAUAAAACAAGUGCAAGCUCUUGCCGAUGAGUUUUGACGUGAUCUAUUAGAAAUGUUUAUGAUACAAGAGAAUGAAUAUAUCAACCAGUUAGAAUUAUUCAAGCUUGAGCAGGACAUUAAAAUCGAUGAAAAGCUUGCUGCUUAUAGCUCCAUGAGUGUGAAGAUUGAAGAAUCAAUGCAAAUGGUAAAUUCACAAUCUUCUAUCAAAAACAUGAUAAAUAAAAUGAGCUCUCUGCAGGGUAGAAUUAGAGGAGGUGUUGAUAAAUUGAAAUCUUUGCAUUCUCAAAGAGAAAACAUUGAAGUCCAAGUCAUUGAUGAGCUGCAAGAGAAUAACAUCCCUAUAAGUGAUCUGUCAGAUAAAGGCGACAAUGGGGGUUAUGAUACUAAAGAACUUGCAUUUAACACCACUCAAGCUGUUGAUGUAAAAACAGCUAUAAAAGAAUUUAAAACUCACAGAAGUCUUGAAGAAAGCGAGUUGGAGAAUAUUACAAGCUCUCUUAGCUGAUACGAUAAGGUCCAUGAAGAUAUUGAAUUUGAGAUACACCAGCUACAGAAAAAGACACUGGUUUUACAGCAAGAAAUUAAUAAUAGAGAUGAGAUAAUUUCCAAACUUGAAAGCGCUAAUCGAAUCUUGACCUAUUCUAAUGCAAACAAGCUGAAUUCAAGUGUGAUUUCUGCAAUUCCCCUGACUACCAGACCAACAGAUCAGAAUACGAUUAGAAAAAUAGCUAAUCAUAUUCGGAAAAAGAACUUAAGUCUAGAGAUGUCAGAAACUAAGAAUAUUAGCUUUAGAACUCCUGAAACAAAAGGGAGAAAUGUUAAGGAAUCCAAUGGAGCUCAUACAGCUGAAAUUUUAAAACAUCCACAGCUAGAGAUACAAUCAGAUGAUUCUUCCGUGCAACCUAACGAGAAAGUGAUAGACCUCUCUGAUAUACUUCAAACUCCUGAUGAUGACAAUUCAGGGUUUCAGAAUUUAUUGGAAGAUGAGAUAUUAUCAAGUGAUUUAGCUUCCUUCUCUCAAAAUGAGGUAAAUAAUAUUCAAGUUUUGGAUGAUGAGAAACAGGAAGAUAAUGAAGAAAGUGAUGAAGAAAGUAACGAAGAAGGUAAUAAACAAGGAAAUGAAGAAGGUAAUGAAGAAUACAUUGAAGAUAAUCAUGAAGAGAACCAUGAAGAAAGCUUCGAAGAAAGUUGUGAAGGAACUCAUAAUUCAAGAGAAAGAUCACCUUCAAUGCCAGACCCUGCCAUUGAGCUCAAGUGAUAUGAAGAGCUGAUUAAUCUCGAAUCCAAAUAUCUUAACAUGAGCCUUGGAGAUAUUCCAGAGGAGUAUGAGGAAAAUGCUACUCUUUCUGAAAAGAACUCCUCAAGCUUAGAUAAAUAUGAAAAUACUGCUUCUAACUUAAGCUCUAAAUGAGUAUCCGACUCAAACAACACAUGACAAAACAUCCCAAUAAUCGAAAACCUGUGAAAUAAAGGAAGCAUCGAUACCCACCACUCUCCCUACAUGACAUCAGACAAAAUCCACUCCAACUUUUUGAACGAAACCACUAAAUUCCAACAAGAUUCUCUAUCCCAAAUGAAAAGAUUUCCUGAUAAAAUUCAGCGGGAAGAGAAUCCCAAAGACAAAUCCCCUGCAACCCCGGUCUCUCACUUAUCAAACCCUUCCAUGCCCACCAAAGAAAUGCACCCUAAUCCGAGCUUUAGCCAUCCCCUUGUCCCCUCCGAUCUGUGCUGUAGCUCUCACUGUACCUCCCUUGCACUCCCCACAGAAGCUGACUGCCACCCGGAUGUAGACUGGAAUAGAGAAUUAGGAGAUUAAA